UCAUAAACUGCAGUUAACUUACAAUUUGAGCGCGCCAUUUUGUUUUCGCUGAACAAUUGAUAUUACUAUUACAAGUAUUAAUAUUAUUAAGCGUUUGUAGGAAGGUUAGUUAUCUACGUACACUAUUACAAGAUUUAAGGUAGUUGCAAAAUGGCAGCUAACCAAGAAGAAAACUCUGGAAGCACAACGAAAAAAAAAAUUACAGAUCUUCGUGUUGUAGACCUUCGAGUUGAAUUGGAAAAGAGAGGGCUGGACAAAGGAGGUGUGAAAUCAGCCUUAAUAGAAAGACUGACGAAGUGUUUGGAAGAUGAAGGAGUGGAUCCAGACUCUCAUUUAUUUGAAGUAACAGCAGAAGGAACACCGGCAAAGAAGACACCUGUUUCAAAAAGAACUUCAAAGAGAUCCUCUAAUGAAUCUGAAACACAGGGUACAGUUGAUGGACAAGAUGAAGAUGAUGAUGAAAAGGGAGAUUCAGAUGAUGAAAAGAUAUCUUCUGAAGCUCUUGACAUUGUGGAAGAAACCCUACAGUUAUCUGUGGUGGAUGAAGACAAGUUUGAGGAUGAAAACCAAGAAGAUAAGACAAAGGAAAUGGCCAAAGAAGGAAAGUCUGUAACCUCAACACUCCAAGAGGAAAAUCUUAAAUCACAAGAUGAUGAUGAUGACACUAUCCAGGAAUCUGACCCACCUAAAGAUAACACAGAAGAGAUAGCUACUGAACAGUCUUCUGAUUUCUCCCCCCCUAAACCAGAAUCUGCACCUGUUGUUGCCCCACUUACAGUAGAAGAUGUGAUUAACCUACAUUCUCCAGAUCAGAAACCUUCAGACGCCUCUCUCAUUGUAAAUGUUGAUGAUAUGCAGAGUGAUUUGGAUGGAGAUUUAGAAGGUACAUUAAGUGAAGCGGGUAGUGAAAAAUAUCGUGAGGAUAAUAGAAGUAAUUCUAAUAAUUCAAACGAUGACAAACAAGGACUAAUAUCUGAGUGUAAAGAUAAACAAGAAGAUGAAGAUGCAUCUAAAACAAGGACAAUAGAUCCCGAAAAAGAAGAAACCAAUCUUGAUAACUCGAGCUCAAGCAGUCAGAAAAAGACCAAUCAUGCUCAAGAGGCUGAUGAAGCAGCCACAGAAGGUGAACAGCAGAAGCAGGAAUCAGCAGAUAAGAAAGAAGCAGUGCAAGAAGGGGGGAAUAUUUCAGUUACUGAAACAGCAGAACAACAACCAAGUGCUGCAACAGAUGCUGCUAGCAAGGCUAAGAGCACCGGUCUUAAAGAUAACAGAAGUGCAUCAAAGGAUGAAACAAAAGGAGAACGAGUUAAGCGUGUUGUUGCAGCAAGCAGGAACUUGUGGGUUAGUGGUCUGGCUGCUAAUACCAGAGCUGCAGACUUGAAGACAUUGUUUAGUAAGCAUGGAAAGGUGGUUGGUGCAAAAAUUGUUACAAAUGCCAAAAUUCCUGGAUCUCGUUGCUAUGGUUUUAUGACUAUGGCAACAAGUGAAGAAGCUUCAAAGUGUAUACAGCAUCUUCACAGAACAGAAUUGCAUGGAAAGAUGAUAUCAGUUGAAAAGACCAAACAUGAACCAUUUGGUUUGAAGAGAGUUGAGGGAAAACCAGGAUCUGGAACUGUCAAAAAAGUAACAGCCAAAGAUCCAGGCACAGUUAAAACUGCCACACCAGCAGCAGUGAAGAAGACUGAGAAAGCUGAAGAAGAAAAGAAAGAAGGAGAGGCUGAAAUAAACAAAGACAAUUCUUCUGAAGAGCCUAAAGGAGAGGAGGAACAAGCAGAGCAAGGUGAAGAACAAAUAUCACUUGAAGAAAAUAAGGAAGAAAAUGAGGAGGACGAGGAUGAAGGUUCCAAAGAAAAAGACAAAUCAGAAGAAAAAGAAGGAUCUGUGCACAGCCGUUCCAAAGGCUAUAGCACAGAUCGAAGCAGGCGUGGAUUUACUCGUCGACCUCGUCCAUUUGGAGGCAGGGGAAGAGGAAGUAGGUUUUAUGGUGGUAGAGGUCGUGGUUCAUAUAACAAUUUCAGUGGUUCUAGAAAUUUCUCACAACGACGGGAUUAUGGUAGAAAACCUUUUUUGCCUAGAUUUGGAUCUCGUUUUAACAGAUCGUCAUCGUUUCCUUUCCAGAGGUUUAAGGAUAAUAGGUUUAACCGUCUAAGGGAUCGAGAUGUUGAAAGACGUCGAAGUCAAGAAUAUUUCAGACAAAAAGAGAUAGAAAGAAAACAGAGAGAGGAGAGUUUCAAACUGGAUAGAGAGAGAGAGAGAUUACGGUAUGAACGUGAAAAGCUGGAGAGGGAACGUGCUGAAAUUUUGAGACUGGAAAGAGAAAAACAAAAAAUGGAAAGAGAGCACUUAGAAAGAGAACGAGAAGAAUUGAGACGUAGACAGCAGUUCAGUCGAAUGGAUGAACCAAGGCGUGGAUCCAAAAGGAAUUUCAACCGCACUGGUAGCAGAGAGUCGGACCCAUAUUGGGAAGACAGAAAGAGACCUGCACUCUCUUCUCAUUUCUCCCGUGAUGGUUCUUUCCACGGUGAAAGUUCCAACAGAGAGAACUUUAGCCGACAUGACAGUUUUGGAAAAUCAGGGGGCCGAGGGGAGGAUUUCAACAUAUCUGCUAAAACUGAUUUUUCUCCCGUUCGUCGAGGCUCUAGAAGAACUUCAGAAAGCACUGAUCGGGAAGAAAAUAGAGUAAUAGAAAAGUCGAGAAGAUAUGAAGGAUCUACACCCAGAGAAGAAACAGGCCAUAGUAGUGCCUCGCGUGAGAGGGAACCAAAUCACCGAGGUCCAAAAGAGGUAUGGAAAACAACAUAUGACAAACGAAGUCAAGAUCGCAGAGGCAGAUUCAUUGAAAGGGGUAAAGGUGGAAGGCAUUCAAGGGGAUCCUUUCGCGGUGGACGAGGUGGUUCCUGGAAUGCUGAAAGGAGCUCAGGUGCCACCAUGUCUGGUAGCUGGAGCUCUGAAUCAAGGAAGGUGGGUUUUUCACAAAACCAGUGGAGAAGAAUGGACAGUACAAUGAGUCCACAGGAAGGUAUGCUACAACAAACUCAGUCUGGUAUAUACAGUAGUUCUAGCAUGGGCUCUGGUGGUUCUAUGUCUCACUCCAGUAUUGGGGGAUCCUACGGAGGAAAUCGAUACAUGGGAGGACCUAUGAGCAGAUAUUGAAAAGUUAACUGCUGUGUUAGGGACCUUUUGUUUCUGUUAUUUUCUGUCUGGUUUUUAUUAUCAGAUAAUAUCUUUAUAUGUUGUAAGAUAUGUCUUGAAUAUCAAACAUUGUCUUGGAUAGCUAUUGACAUAGUAGUGUUAUUAUUUUGUCACGUGUAUGAGUGUAUGUGUUUCUAGAAUACUCGUAAACUUUGUUAAGAGCGAUAACUUGCCCACAAAGAAUAAACAUAAUCAUUUGAACAAACAAUGUAAGGACAAAAGUUUUAAUUGCCACAUUUUAUGUAUUUCAAUGAAAUUUGUGUCAAUUUUUUGUAGUGUAUUUCUGUUUUUCCUCAUAGAAAACGUUUCCAAGAAAUAAAAUACAUUUAUGUAAUGUUUCAUUGUUUGAUACAAAAGUAAAAUGGAUGCAGUGAAUAGUA